AGCACUGUCUGCCGUGCCUGCCUGCAAGUCUCCGACAUGGCUCAGGAGAAAAUGGAGCUGGACUUUGAGCCUGACACCUCUGAUGGGGGCACCCUGAGGAGAUCCAACAGCGCUCCCCUUAUCCAUGGACUCAGUGACCUUUCACAGGUUUUUCAACCUUACACAUUUAGAGCUCGGAGGAAUAGUACAACCAUCAUGCGCCGUCACAGCUUGGUAAAUAUAGGAUUGCUGUCAUCCUCACCUAAUCGGAUUCCUAGCAGCAGACUGCAUCAAAUCAAAAGGGAGGAAGGCAUGGACGUUAUGAACAGAGAAACUGCGCAUGAAAGAGAAGUGCAAACUGCAAUGCAGAUAAGUCAAUCAUGGGAUGAGAGCUUGAGCCUGAGUGAUAGUGAUUUUGACAAGCCGGAGAAAUUAUAUUCUCCUAAAAGGAUUGACUUCACUCCGGUUUCUCCGGCACCAUCACCCACCAGAGGAUUUGGAAAGCAAUGUUUUUCCCCAUCCUUACAAAUGUUUGUGAGCAGCAGUGGGCUACCACCAAGUCCCGUUUCUAGUCCAAGACGCUUUUCCAGCAGGAGAAGCCAGAGUCCAGUCAAGUGCAUUAGGCCCAGUGUUCUUGGUCCUCUUAAAAGAAAAGGCGAAAUGGAGACCGAAAGCCAGCCCAAGAGGCUCUUCCAGGGCACUACCAGUAUGCUGUCAUCGGAGGCUGCACAAUUGUCCGAUCUCAGUUCAUGUUCAGAUAUUUUGGAUGGCAGUAGUAGCAGCAGUGGCUUGUCCUCAGACUCACUGGCUAAAGGCAGCACAACUGCAGAGGUUCCAGUAGCAUGCUCCAAUUCAUGCUCUCCGUUCAUCUUGAUGGAUGAUCUCUCACCCAAGUGACUUACCCAUUUCUGAUUCAGUGUUCUAACUGCUGUUUCCUGCAUAAAACAUUCAGGGAGGAACGCAGGGAACUUUGAUCCAUAAUGAGGAUUAAAGUGUUACCGAUCUAAACCAUUUCAAUGCCGUUCUUUUUUGGCACCUCUCUUCUCUAAAGUUUGAUUUUACGAGUGUAGUAACCUUAGUUAUGUCUCUUUUUGCUGAUCUCAUUUUGAGCUAGUAAUGAAAUCUCAAAUACUCAUUUUUGAUUGCUUAGAGUAUAUAUGUAUAUAUAUUUUUUUCUCAGUGCCUCAAAAAGCACCUAUUUUAGAGUCUAUACGUUUAAGGAAAGCAUUAAUAUGUAUUUUCAAUAAUAGUUCUUUUUUCCAGCAGUGACAUGACAGCUAGAGUUGAUCAGAAAUUCUCUUGCUUGAGAGAUUUGUUUUCUCUGUUGACUACAUAAGUCUCAAAUCUCUUUCUCUCACAGUAUUAGAUGAAUCGCUUUUGAUAUAAAUUUUUAUUUUUCUGCAUCAGCUUAAAAUACAUUAUUUUGUUUCCCUUUCCUGUUUGAGCCGCUUCCUUGCCAUUUCUCACAGAGGGGAAAAAACAUGUGGUUGCUUUCAUUACUGUCCAUUAUCGCUUCUUUGCUGUCAGAGUGUAGGAUGCGAGGAUUGAUUUUAGUGCUGAGAAUGUAAACGGACUUGCAGGAUGCUGGGAUUAGUCACCGCAGCCUCUUAUGACUUAGCUACCCCAGUUGAUAUUGUUCUCCUCAAACCUGUUGCCCUAAGGAAUAUAUAAAAUAUUGUUAAUGUUUCUAGGUGGUGUUAUCAAGGAGAAGAAAUUCCUGCCUUGACCAGAUGUGUGGAGCAUCUACAAAUGAAUGAAUAAUGUUAUUUACACACAAACCACUGUGUAGAAAAGCGUACACGGAGCUUGACAGCUUAUCUCGGGUGGUGUAAUGAGGCCUGAGGGGCCUUGGGGUUCAGUGUCAUGCUGUAAAGACGUAUAUCAUAAGGUAGGGUAGAAAAGGGGCUUUCUGUGUCUGACUGCCACAUACUGUUUCAAUUGCUGCUUCUUUCUGAUUACUUUUUUGUCAUUGGAGUUGUUUGUUUUGUCGUGUGGUGAGUUGUGCUGUCGACUGUGUUUUGGUUAUCGUGUUGCCACCAGAAUCAGAGUCCAGUUCUUGUACCUGCUGCCUUAUAGGAAGGGCAGUUUAAUAUCUACAAGGAAGCUUUUAGGAGCUGCGAAAGUCAAUGUCAUUGUGCAUUCUGCUUUUAAGAAGCUGUUUAAGCUGUCAACAGUGUACAUGAUAGUCAGUCUGUGGUACCAUAAGUUAUUUAACGUUUAAAAGAGGAAAAUCCCGAUAGAGCUGUUUUAAAGACCUGAGUGUAAUCUCUUAUUGUUAUUUAUUUUUUAAAACUGUGUGCAAAAUGUCUGUUGUGAUAGAUUUCUUUUAAUGUUCAGACAUCGUGGUUGGAUUGUCUGUAUUUAACAUGCAAAUUUGCCUGCUAGGACCAUAAUAUUCCAUUUUUAAAUGAAUGUAAGAAAUGAAAACUACUGCAUUUGUGUCUUUUGAAGGCAAAGAUCCUCGAAUUUUAAAGGAAGGUGAUGCACUUUGAGGGUACUCACAGACUAGUAGUACUGUAGGGCUUGAAGGGAAACCUAUUCUCUCUGAAUUAUAAGGGAGCAUCACUUAGCUUGCAAUAAGUAGUUCUGUUACAGCAUCAGGUGUGUUUAUUUUAAAUUGUGAUAACCUCCAUAAUGGCCAUUAAUGGCUUUAUUUCUCAUAUUGGCUUUCACUUGUGCAAAGUCCAUAAUCCUUCAAACCUAACAUGAAUGUAUAUAUAUUAUGAAGAUUGUUCUCUAGUAUGCCAUUUUAAAGAAAAAUUACUUCGAUGGUAUGCAGUGUAUUUACUCUGUUUGUGAAAGAACCAUGUUAAGAGUUUCUGCUUAUAUAAUACUGAGAGAUGGUUUUCUCCUAUAGGGUAUUUAUCCACCAGCUCUCUACUGUCUUCUUUGCCUUAAAGGGACACUUUUGGCCGUCAUUUUUUGGCUCUAAUUUAGGACUCUUAAGACAUAACCUUUAGAAUGUAAUGAUAUUUAAAUUUAUUUUUGAAAUUCAGCGGUGGGGUAGAAUUGGGACAGGAAAAUUAAAUUGUUCCACUGGUCUAAGAACUAGGAAGCAGGAUGACUCACUUUACUGUUUAAGCCAAGGUUUGUUUUUAUUGUUUAAAGUGACUAGAAAGUUUAGUUUGUGCAGGGGUUGUUUUGGAUUAAAUAAAAGAUAGAGAUGCUAACCUUCAGAUGAGCUUUGUUGACAGUACUCCUUUAUUUUUAUAUAAAGUCUAAUAUUUGAAAAGUGAUCAUUGUUAUAAAGUAAAAUUCUCUCUUCCUAUUCUAAUAUUAUAUUUCAGGCUUCUAUUUGAAAACAAGUACAAGAGAUGAUAUGAUAAGAAAAUUUAAUAGAUGUUCUUUUUGCUUGACUGACUUAUAUAAUCACUGUAUUUCAUGAUAACUGCUUUUGGAAUAAUAAUAAGUUUUGUGAAAUGCUGACCUUGUGUAUAUCUUAGAAGGCAAAUUUAAUAAAGUGUGUACACAUGCAUAAAA